ACAGAGACACGGAGGGGACAGGAGCACAGACAGGAGCACAGACAGGAGCACUGACAGAUUGACUCACAUGCAGCGGGAAGAGGAAGCACAACUUUUGAUCAAGAUGGAUGCCGAGCUGAGGCCCAGACAGUUUUUUUUUCUGCAUCUCUGGUGUGGAGCCCUUUCCGUGGCAGUAAUCGUCAUGGCAACAAUGUUAAUAACAACAAAACCCCCAUCAGCACCACCUUCACCAACACCAGCACCGACAACGACAACAGCCAACCAGAAUACUACUUCUCGGGAAAAAAACUUUCCAGUCAUACAAGGUCCACCAGGUCCACCAGGUCCACCAGCUUUUAACAGCAGUGUUCCUCCAUCUACAGCUCCUUCACUGUCCUACAUCCAGCUCAUCCCAGAUAGGAACUCCUGGAAACUGGACAAUGACUUGUCUGCAGAUCUGGCGUGCGAUGCCUGCUCUCUGGUCUAUAACAACAACUCCAUCCACUGCAGAAGGAAGGGUCUGUACCUGGCCUACGCCCAAGUCAAAUUCCACUCUGAUGAGCAGAAUUGGUCCUUCACCCUGAAAAAAAAUGGCUUCAAAGGCGAGACGACGGAGCGGACUUUGUUCCAAAUUGAUGGUCCAAAGUUGCAGAACAGUAGUUUUGCGAUGAAGGUGGUGAGUCUUCAGAAGGAGGACAGCAUCAGCCUGAUAAUCGAUGGAAAAUAUUCUUAUGAAAAGACAUUUUGGGGAGUGAUCCAACUACAGCAUAUAGGCAGAUAAGAACACCAUUAACAAAUCCAUCCAGUGUCCAGUGUAGUCUUCCAGAACAGCAAGAAUACCCACCUUCAUGCCUUUGGUGGACCUCUGAACUGGGUCUGUCUGUUAAAAGAGGACAGACGGACAGACGGACUCCAAUAUGACCAGUACUGCCAAUAAGCAUUCCUGUAGUUUUGAUUUGUACAAACAUGUUCAGAAAUGGGAUUCUUGUAUUACCGUAAUUUCCGGACUAUAAACCUCUACCUUUUACUCACACUUUGAACCCUGCGGCUUAAACAACAAUACGAGAAAUAUAUGGAUGGAUUAUUUGUUUAUCACCAUAGCGGAUGUGCGCAGCCUGAGUGCAGAAAGCGCCGCUGUCUGUGCGCUUACCAUGAAGUUGCAGGGUUAUCUAGCGACGUUGUCAGCACUAAAACAGAUUAUCUCCGUGCGAUGAAAUAAGUUAUGAUGCUAAAUGCACAUUAGUGAGUGGGAUACGUCUUUAAAUGCCGGUGAGUGCGUAAAUGACGAGAAAAAAUGUUUCAAACUUCAGUAGUCGGACUUCCGCUCAUACCUGAUCGAUACACCACCUGAAAUCUGCUGAAAUCCUACAAGACACUGACAUGAUACCAGACAGGACAGAGACUCUUUCUGUAGAGCGCCAAGUGACGGGGUGCAGGAGCGAGACAGAAAGGUGAAAGAGAUGAUUCGUAGAUGAAGAUGCUCGUUUGAUUGUGCUUUGAACAGUUAUUUUGCGCUUCAUACACACACCGUCCGUCCUCAUGGAAAUCACGCAAAGAAAAGCAGAUGAUGCAGAUUUUAAAGGUUGUAUGAGGAUUUUUUUGUUUGUUUGUCCAUUUCAAAUUGUCAAUGAAAGUUUAAAAUACCGUUACAGAGAUUCAGCAGCCUUGUAAUUAUGAUGACCAAAAAAAAAAAAAAGAAUGAAAAUCCAUCAACUGGACGUGUUGAGGCCAGAUAAACAUCAGCCAAUAGAAAACGAGGCUGCCUCAUUUUCUACUGGCUGUUAGGUUACCAAUAAAACUCCCUACGUUCUCGGAUUUUUUUAACUGUAGCUUCCUUGCAUUUCACACAAACUUUGUUGCGAUGGCGGCAAAAGAAAGUCAGUUUUUGAGGUUGCUGAAAGACGAAGAGAAGGAGAAAAUGAGCAAAGCCAAACUGAGGUGAUUCUUGGAGAUCUCUUCCAGCGAUUGCGCGAAUGAAGCAGACGAAGGGUCUAAAAACUGACGCAUCGGUCACUAAAUUAUUUCUAGACAGGUCACUUCAACUGUAAUUCUUGAAUGUGCACGGCUGUAAACAAGUGUGAUUUCUAGAGUAAAGAGGUGGGAGGAGGUGUUUCUACUGAGGGAGCAGUGGAGGAGGAAGGUGGUGUCACACAUGCACAACAUUUGAAAAAGUUCUGUCGCUGUAUUUCUUUUUCCUUAAAAAUCCUCUACACAACCUUUAAGUUAAAGGCAACUGAUGUGACUGUGGGAGAAGGAAAUCGAGCUGCUGCACGUGAGCUCGGCGUCAGCGAGUCGUUUCUGAGACGUUGGCGAUGGCAGCAUGACGAAAUGACUCAAAAAAAAAAAAAAAAAAAAAAAAAAAUCGACAAAAGCUUUCAGACGGGAUAAAAGCAGACAGCUCCAACUUGAAAACGUUCUUGAAGACGUGGAUACCUGCGGCUUAUAGACAAACAUAAAUAAAUAAAUCUUAAAAUUUAGUUGAUGCGGCGGAUAUUCAGGUGCGCUCAGUAGUCCGGAAAUUACAGUCGUUUGUCAGUUUGUCUUUUUGUCAUUUUGUGUGGAUGUAUUUAAAAUGUGAGCUUUGAACAGAAUCACAUUAUUAAAACAAAUUCCAAAUCCAAUUAAAAGUGCAACGCUUGUCAGAAAAAUUACAAUUGAACAUUUUUCCCAAAUUGUUGAGCUCAGGGGCAGUAUGUGGCCUUUUAAACCUUAAUCCGGCCCACCAAACUUGAAUAAAUUAUAAUAAUAAACCUUGUGAAGGUUUUUUUUUUUUUUUCCUGCAAUUCUGGUGUUUCCUAAUACACACAUAAGGAAUCUCGGACCAUGUUUGAUUUUACAGUGGGAUGUGUCUAUUGACAAAGUCAUUCUUUUUAGGUCUUUUGAACCAUAUCACUUUUGUUUCUGGUUCUGAUAUUGUCAUAUUUUAGUUUUGGGAUUCGGACAUUGUAAUUGUGUGGUUGUUGGAUCCUAACACCAGAAAACGGCUCGAGAAAUGUGUUUGCAAACUCCAUAGAUGCAAAAGGGAAUCAGAUGUGUGUGACUGUAAACCUCUGUUCAAACUGUUUCUCUUCCCAACGGAAUUGAAAAAUAGUGAAAGGUGAAGGUGAUGGGCAGGAUUGAUCCACAGGAAGGACCAAAAAGGAAACAUUUGACUGUCUAAAUCAUCCUGAUUUUGCAGCGAACAUCCUUCCCAGUAUGCAUUGCACAAUGACUGGAAGUCUGAGAUUCUUGAUGCGUGUAUAGAUGGCGGACUCUAGAUACAUCGACCUUUGUUGAGGUGUGGCGUAUUAUGUUGCAUUCAUGUGGUGUCGAAAGAUCCGACUUGCCGUUGUUUUUCCGACAUGAGACGCGUGUGAAUUGUGAAUCAUGUGAAGUCAUUUUUUACGAUCAUUCCGACAUCACAUGAACGCAUCCUGAAAAUGGCCACAACAAAACUAACUCCAGACUUUGGAUGGUCUGGAUAAAAAGGGACACCAACAACACUGUUCCCACUGAAAUCAAAAGUGAGUUUCUCUGCUAUUAUGUAAAAAUGCAUUUACAUGUUACAUGUCAUUUCUGUUCAGCUGUGCAGGUACAUGUAACUGUACGUUCUCAUUAUAAACUAUGUGCACCAGAUCAAAUAGAACGCGUUGCUGGCAGACUGGCACGCUGUCACUGUUCCGUUCUGACGCUGGUCGUUGUUGAGUUUUGGGGACACACAGUGAACUGAAGUAGAUCUGCAUUUUGUACCGUUUUUGAAAUAAAGAGUCAGGAGGAGAACUUUCAGUGCUUUAAAAUAGUAAAUGUUAGUCAGAAUUUUAUAAAAGCUGUAUUUUAUUAAUUUAAUUUUCAGUGUUUUAAAAGUAAUUUCAGUAAACACUGUGGGACUUGAAAAACAGAUAUUUUGUUGUAAUGCUUUGUAAUGAUUUUCUAUUGAAAUUCAAGCUCAGGUUUUCUACAUAUCCCAUGUUAUUUUUUUUCUUUUAUGAGGUGGAUUACCAAAACACUUCAUCCCUCUGGUCCUGUUCCAGCCCUUCUGUCAAAUUUUAGAACCCUUUGUGGCCCACGAGUCAAAAAGUUUGCCCAGCCCUGUCUUAUAUUACAUAUAUAUUGCUGUACACCAUAUUCCACUCAGGGGCCCAAAGUCUCUCCCUCCUUUACCGGUCAAACUCAUAUGUCUUAUUUAAACCCUGGAUUGUGAAUUUGUGUAUAUUUUACUUGAAUUGUGUGUCGUUGUUUUUUUUAUUAUUUCUAUAAUAAAAUGUAUUUUUAUAAUUUCUUAAA